AUUAAUGGACGAUUUUAAUGAUUUAUUCCCUGUCAAUGAUUUAUAAAGUAGUUGGAAAAAAAAGAAUCAAUAAAAAGCAUCACUGAAAUAAGGCAAAUUCACUGAAGAGGAAAUCGAAAAAGUAAAAGAGAGUUUGAUUUCUUAUGCAUUAUCCUAAAAUUUAACUGAAGAAUAAUUUGCUGAUCUUUUUAGCAAUUCUCAAAAAACAACAAUGCCAAAAGCAUGGUUACAUAUUGCUAAAGUACUUCCCUAAAGAUCUGUUGAUAGUGUUUAUAAAUUUAUCAAAGCUAGAUUCAAUCCAGAUAACUAUUAAGGACAUUGGACUAAAGAAGAAGAACAGCAUUUAAUAUAAUUAAUUAAUUAAUUUGGAAGGAAUUACACUUAAAUAAGUAAAGUUUUAAAUAGAACACCUUAAAAUAUAAGAGAUAAAUAUAGAUAAUUGGGAGAUCAUAAUCAUGAACUUAGAGAAUAAAUUUGGACAUUAGGAGAAGCUGUUCAUUUACUUAGAUUGAUUUCUAAAAAAGUAUUAAUUUAAAAUAAUUAUUAAAGAAUAAUUCCAAUUUUAUAAAAGAUAAUUGGCUAGAAAUAUUAAUUUAAGCAUUUGGAGAAGAUUGGUAAGAUGUAAUCCUCAAUACUCAUUCAUGUAAAUAUUAUUUUUAUCAAAUAGAAAAGAGAAGAUUUCGUAAAAGCACUUAUUAUGAAAUAUAAUAAGAAGACACUUAAAUUUAAUAAUUACUCUAAAUUAUUGAUUUAAAAAAACUUUAUUCUCAUUCUCAUAAAGAUAUUCCUUGGACUUCUAUAGCUACUAAAAUUAAAACGAAAAGUCAUGAUGAUCUUAGAAACUUUUGGAUGCAAUCUUUAAAUUAAUGGUAAUUACAACUCAAAAAUAAAAUUGAUGAUGAAUAAUUAUUUAAUGAAAUAAUUCUCUAAGAUCCAUAAGAAGAAAAAGAUAUUGAUUUUAAUCUAGUUUUGAAGAAUCAUACACUUACAAUUAAUGAAAAAAAAAAUGCUUGGCAAACUCUUAAAAAAAGAGUUCAAAUUAGAGAUUAACUUGAAUUUGAUGAACUUUUAACCAAAAUCAGAUAAUUAUUAGGAAAAUCCAAAAAAGAAUAAAAAUAAAAUAAAAUUCUAUAAAAAAACGCAAAUGUCACAUCGUUUAAUAAAUUAAUAGACGAGUUUAAAACACUUAAAGAAGUAUAUUGA